GGUCAAUCAAUUCAUUGCCGUGUCGGUGUCUGGCACACUAAUCAGCACGUGCACCUUCUUCACGCACACGCAGCUCGCCAGCAAAACCGUUCUCUCACGGAGAGAGAGGCAGGCAGCCCACGCUACUUCCGCUCACACAUGGACAGACAACUCGUCUGCACCACGCACAAACCAGACAAGACACACAAAGAGAGAAAGGGCACGUCCUCCCUCCCUCCCUCCCUCCCUCCCUCAGUAAGUCGAUCAGCCACCCAUCCCCCUAUCGCUCACAACCUGCUGCUCCACCCCCACUCCCACCCCAGCAGCAGCCGCCUCUCCGUUCUCGAGCUUCCGCUUCUUCCCCCCCAUCACGGCCACAUCAGACCCCAGGACGAGUGGCGGCUUGGUCCAGUCGAUGCCCAGCUGCUUCAUGCGCACGGCCGCUUCGAAGAGGUAGUCGAGGCACUCGGCUUGCGUCUUGGCCUGCACCCAGCUGUCGCCCCACACGUAGACGCCGUGCCGGCGCACCAGCACGGCGGCGGCCUUGGGGUAGGCCUUGAUGGCCGCCGUCAGGUCGUCGGCCAAAUCGCACUCGUGAGCCGUGUUCUGCAUGGGAAGAGAAGAGAGAGAGAGAGAAUGAGAGAGAGGCGAACACAUUGGGGAAUGCUUGUGUGGUCGUGCUGUGCUGCGUGCCUCGAUGAUGGGAACGACGAGGUGGUCGUGGUAGCCGUGCCCCUUGAUGCCCUUGAUCAUCUCGAGGCACGUGAUGCGGAACUCGCUAGCACUCUCGUCCAAAACCGUCGCCAGCAUCGCGUUCAGGCUGUGGCUGUGCAACACAGCUCCUGACCACACACACACACACACACGAACACACACACACACGAGAGGGUCAUGUGAGCGUCUGUGUGUCUGGCUGAGUAUCUGUGUGCUCACCAGCCCCCCUGAGGGUGUAUGCGGCCAUGAAGAGAGGGGCACACUGGCUGAGCUUCAGGUGGGAAGGGCCGGUCACCACGGCGCCUUGGCUGUCGAGCUCGAAGAUCUCGCCGGGCUGGAUGCGCUCCUUCUGCACACCUGCAUGACAUGAGAUGAGCCAACCAAACACACCACACACAGCCGCGUCCAUCUCCCUCCGUGUGCAGUGAACUGUGUGGGUCGUGUCCACUGACCUGAAGGGGCCAUGUAGAUGGUGUCGCCCUGUUUGAUGCUCAUGCCGCCACCAGUGCCGGACGCCCACCCUGACAGGACAGCACAAGGGCAGAAACGCACACCAAGAUCAUAGAUCUCGUCCUCGGCAGCGAGUACCUUUGUCAUAGAACAGGCGGCAGAGCUCACAGAUGCGCUCCCGCGCAUCAUCCGCCGGAGGUGGUGCCCCGUUCGCCGACAUCCGGACGCGCCUAAGGCUUCACGCAAUUCUGCGCCUGUGAGACGUCGGCAGCCUCCAG